GAUCGGAGGGAGAUCGAUCGGACGGUUGUAAUCGAGAGAGAAUGGACGUGGAGGGAAGGGGCGGGUGGUGCUGUCCGCCCAUGGAUCUGUUUCGGUCGGAGCCGAUGCAACUGGUGCAGCUGAUCAUCCCCAUCGAAUCCGCCCAUCAGACCAUUUCUUACCUUGGAGACCUUGGCCUCAUCCAAUUCAAAGAUUUGAAUUCAGAUAAGAGCCCCUUCCAACGGACAUAUGCUAAUCAGAUUAAAAGAAGUGGAGAGAUGGCACGUAAGCUUCGGUUCUUUAGGGAGCAAAUGGUCAAGGCAGGUUUGCCACCUUCAUCAAUGCCUGUCACACGGACUGAUAUUGAUCUGGAUGAUUUGGAGGUAAAACUCGGAGAACUUGAAGCUGAGCUGAUAGAAAUUAAUGCAAACAGUGAGAAAUUACAACGUGCUUAUAGUGAGCUUUUGGAAUACAAGCUUGUUUUACAGAAGGCUGGGGAGUUUUUCCACUCAGCUCAAAGUAGUGCCACUGCACAGCAGAGAGAAAUUGAAUCACGUACCGUUGGUGAAAGAUCCAUUGACAGUCCUUUGUUGUUGGAACAAGAAAUGUUGACAGAGCCAUCAAAGCAAGUUAAGCUGGGGUUUGUCAGUGGCCUAGUGCCCAAAGAAAAGUCAAUGGCAUUUGAAAGGAUCCUUUUCCGUGCUACAAGGGGUAACAUGUUUCUCAAGCAAGCAGUGGUUGAAGAUCCUGUCACCGAUCCAGUUUCAGGAGAAAAGGUUGAGAAAAAUGUGUUUGUCGUCUUCUAUUCUGGAGAAAGAGCUAAAGCCAAAAUUUUAAAGAUAUGUGAAGCCUUCGGAGCAAAUCGUUACCCAUUUUCAGAUGACCUGAGUAAACAGAUGCAGAUGAUAGAAGAGGUUUCUGGAAGAUUGGCAGAGCUGAAGACUACUAUAGAUGUUGGGCUGUUGCACAGAAACAAUUUGUUAAAUACGAUUUGUUACCAGUUUGAACAGUGGAACCUCUUGGUCAAGAAGGAAAAAUCUGUUUACCACACUUUAAACAUGCUUAGCAUUGAUGUGACGAAAAAGUGUCUCGUUGCAGAAGGGUGGAGCCCUGUGUUCGCGUCAAAUCAGAUUAAGGUUGCACUACAGCGGGCAGCCUUUGACAGCAACUCCCAAGUUGGAGCCAUAUUUCAGGUUCUGCAUGCAAGGGAAUCACCGCCUACAUAUUUCCGGACAAACAAAUUUACUACUGCUUUCCAAGAAAUUGUUGAUGCAUAUGGGGUGGCUAAGUAUCAAGAAGCAAAUCCUGGUGUAUACACAAUCGUCACAUUUCCAUUUUUGUUUGCCGUAAUGUUUGGUGAUUGGGGUCAUGGUUUGUGCUUGUUAUUUGCAACAUUAUACUUUAUCAUCAGAGAAAAGAAACUUUCCAGUCAGAAACUUGGAGACAUCACCGAGAUGACAUUUGGUGGUCGCUAUGUCAUUAUGAUGAUGGCAUUGUUCUCAAUAUACACUGGGUUGAUCUAUAAUGAGUUCUUUUCAGUCCCUUUCAAUCUUUUUGGCCCUUCUGCCUAUGAAUGCCGUGAUGCUUCUUGCAGUGAAUCUACUACAGUGGGCUUAAUUAAGGUGCGCCGUACUUACCCAUUUGGUGUGGAUUCGAAUUGGCAUGGCAGCCGCAGUGAGUUGCCAUUCCUGAACUCAUUGAAGAUGAAGAUGUCGAUUCUUCUUGGGGUAGCCCAAAUGAAUCUCGGCAUUGUGCUGAGCUUUUUCAAUGCCAUGUUCUUCAAAAGUAACCUGAACAUUUGGUUCCAGUUUGUUCCCCAGAUAAUAUUCUUAAAUAGCCUUUUUGGGUACCUUUCCCUUCUAAUUAUUGUGAAGUGGUGCACUGGUUCAAAAGCUGAUCUCUACCAUGUAAUGAUAUAUAUGUUCCUAAGCCCCACGGAUGAUCUAGGUGAAAACCAACUUUUUGUUGGGCAGAAACAAGUUCAGCUUGUGUUACUGUUACUGGCUUUUGUCAGUGUCCCAUGGAUGCUGUUACCAAAGCCUUUUCUCUUGAAGAAGCAACACCAAGAAAGGCAUCAAGGACAAACUUACGCCAUGCUUCAAGGCACUGAUGAUUUAUUUGAAACGGAGCAUGAUCAUGGUUCUCAUGACCACGAGGAGUUUGAGUUCAGCGAAGUUUUUGUACACCAACUCAUUCAUACCAUAGAGUUUGUCCUUGGAGCAGUCUCCAACACAGCCUCUUACCUUAGGUUGUGGGCUCUCAGCCUUGCUCAUUCGGAGUUGUCGACUGUGUUCUAUGAGAAGGUUCUGCUUCUUGCUUGGGGGUUCAAUAAUGUUCUGAUCCUGAUCGUUGGCAUCAUUGUAUUUAUUUGCGCAACUGUGGGCGUGUUGCUCGUGAUGGAAACAUUGAGUGCCUUUCUGCAUGCCUUGCGUCUUCAUUGGGUGGAGUUUCAGAACAAGUUCUAUGAGGGAGACGGAUACAAAUUCUACCCAUUUUCGUUUGCACUGCUAGGGGAGGAGGAUGAUUGAUGGGAUCUACGGUGUAGAUCUCUCACAUGGGCAUUCUCCACAAUUUAUUUUCCCAAAACAGGGGUUGCUUUUAGGCAAGACACUCAGAUAAAAAGAAAGGCCUUUCAGUGUGCGUGUGCACAUGCAAAACCCUUGCCGCUUCCCUGCUGUUGUUUCUCAUGGAAUAAAGGAUAAACGAAGGUUUGGUGCCCUUGCUGUGUUAUAUCAUUAGUUGUAUUGGUCUCAGCAUAUUCAUGUUUUGCUCCGUUGCUGUUAUUAGUACAGGCAUGAGUUGUAGAAUGUAUGAUCAUGGAUAUUGACAAUUCCUACUCAUUCUUUCCUAUUUUUAAUCGCUGGCAUUGUAUCCUUUUAAAGUUAUUAAAUCGAAGGGCUAAGGUGCAUGUAUGUUUUGAGAA